AUGCCUCCUCUGACUGGCUUCUCGGAUAAUCCGUUUCGUACGCGCGACGAUCUAGCAACUGCUGCCCUUGCUUUGUUGCGACCUUUAACAAGACAUUUCUCGAGCUCCUGUGCCCGCAUCCGCCUUCCAGUAUCCACUGGCGCUCACUUCGACGAAGGUGCUGCGCAGCUAGAAGGAUUCGUCAGACCACUCUGGGCAGUGGCUUCUCUUCUACAGUUUCAGUCCUCUUCGUCAGAAAAUAAUUCAUCCGAUGGGAACUUGAAUGAAGCCAUCGAGGAAGUCGUCAGACCAUGGAUCGAAGGCUUUACUGCGGGGACAGACCCCGACCACCCCGAAUAUUGGGGCUCAAUUGGGGAGACCGAGCACCAGCGCAUGGUUGAAGCGGAAGUGAUCAGCUAUGCAUUGUUGUGUGCUCCAGAGAGACUCUUUCAUAGUCGCGAUGAUAAGACACGAAGAAACAUCACAUCUUGGCUCCGUGGCAUCAAUGGGAGGCCAAUGCCAAACAACAAUUGGCGAUGGUUCCGGGUAUUCGUCAACUUGGCACUUAUUAAAGUCUGCGGUGUGCCCGCGGCUGAAGUACUCGAUGAAAUGAAUGCCGACUUGCAACUUUUAGAUUCUUUCUACCUCUCCGAUGGUUGGUCUGGCGAUGGUCCAUGGCUGACCACGGAAGAGGAAGAACAGGAAGCAGCCGAAUUCGAGCGAACGCGGCGGAGAGAUGCAAUUGGGAAGGGCCGCCAAGUGGACUAUUAUUCUGGAAGCUUUGCCAUUCAGUUCAGUCAACUCUUAUAUGUGAAGUUCGCCGAGGAUUUGGACCCAAAGAGAGCAGAAAGAUACCGACAGCAGGCCCGAGACUUUGGAGCGUCUUUCUGGACCUAUUUUGACUCUGAUGGGGCUGCUAUACCAUUUGGCCGAUCACUCACAUACAGAUUCUCCUGUGGAGCCUUCUUUGCGGCACUUGCAGUCAGCCCUAUACCCGAUAUGCCAUGGCAGCUGUCACGGCCUGGACAAGUCAAGGGAUUCCUAUUGCGACACCUCAGGUGGUGGGCCUCUCGCUCAAAUGACAUUUUUCAUUCAGAUGGAACUUUGAAUAUCGGAUGGCUUUACCCGAACAUGUUUAUGUGCGAAGACUAUAACUCACCCCAGUCUCCUUACUGGUGUUUGAAGACAUUGAUUGCGGUUUCACUCGCACAAAACGAUGAAUUUUGGUCCGCCGAAGAAGAAGACUAUCCGUAUUUGCGCGAAGCACGACUUGUGCCUGCACCACGACAAAUAGUCAGUAAUCACCCGGCGAGCAAUCAUCACUUCUGUCUGUCACCCGCACAGUUUGUUGCUUGGCCGAUGAAGGCAACCCAGGCCAAGUACUCCAAAUUCGAAUACUCCUCCACAUUUGCUUUCUCGGUACCCACUGGACCCCUCAUCCAACAGAUGGCACCUGAUUGUACAUUGGCCCUCAGCAGAGACGGUGCGGAGACUUGGGCUGUGAAAUGGAAAUGCUCGGAGCCAACCUUCCCAGAUGUCUCUGUGAAAACAAAGGCUGGUAUAUUUCAAGUUCAAGCCGCCUCUGUUCGAUGGUACCCUUGGGGAGACAGAGGAGUAGAAGUUCACACAACUCUAAUCCCACCAACAGACAUGUGGCCGGGUUGGCAUGUCCGUGUUCAUCGUGUUAAAAUCAAUACUGCUAUCCGCAGCCUGCACACCGUCGAGGGCGGUUUUGCUUCACCGAGUCGGUGCUCUCGAGAUGGAACAAGACUCCCGGAAAUCAAAAGAUUGAGCCAAGAUUUGAAGGUUGGGUCUAGUGAAGGUGUAUUGGAGACAUCGGAUUCGAUCUUGAUGCUGUCGGUAGCAGGGGCCACUGGUCUUUCUUCCGGGUUGACAACCGACUCUGCAAGUUAUACCACGAAAGCCGAGGCGCUCAAGCCAGAUGCGAACACGAACUUAGCACACCAAAGGACGCUUAUACCUGUCAUAACUCGCGACGUGGAGCGUGACAUUCAAGCAAAUGAGGAGUUUGUCUUUGUCACGCGAGUUUUUGCAAUUUCGGCUACUGCGAACGGCAAUCGACGAGUGGGCGUGACUCUUGAAGACGGGUGGGAAGAUAGGCCGCUAGUAGUACUGUCAGGUUGCAACGGUGCAAAUUCUGACGACGAAUGUAUUAUCCUACCUUCAUAG